AUGAGCACACAAUAUAUCGAUGAGACAGCAUUCGUUCAGGCUGAACAGGGUAGAACCAAUUUAAUGUUCCCCAAUGAAAAGCAACAGGCUCGAUUUGAACUAGGUGUUUCCAUGAUGAUUUAUAGGUGGGAUGCCUUGGAUGUUGCCGUAGAGAACAAUUGGGGCGGUCCAGACUCGGCUGAGAAGAGAGACUGGAUUACGGGAAUUGUUGUGGGCCUUUUCAAGAAUGAAAAAGUGGUUGACGUUGCUUUGAUUGAGGAAACGUUACUUUAUGCAAUGGUUGAUGAAUUUGAAACUAAUGUAGAAGACGACUCGGCUUUACCGAUUGCCGUGGAGGUUAUUAACAUAUACAACGAUUGUUUCAACUUCAAUUAUAAUAAGGUAGAAAAGCUGUAUUUGGAAUGGCAAGAAAAGCAGAAAACAAAGAAAUUAAAAAGAGUUGUACAUAUUGAGGGUGAUGAUGACGAUGAUGAUGAUGGAGAGGAGUGGGAUGACGAGGAUGAAGAUGAAGAGAUGGAUGAAAUUGUGCCAGACUUGGUAUCAUCUAAACCUGAACCAAUUGUUGACGACGAUGGCUUUGAAUUGGUUCAACCAAAGGGAAGAAGAAAGCACUAG